AGAGUCUCAGAAGGCUAUGGCUGAAGCUGAGAGCACCAGUCUACAGAGACAUGGUUCUAUGGUCUCUCUACACUCAGGGGCUAGUCUUACAUCAUCCUCAUCGUUCAAGAAGGGGAGAGGGUAACAGAGAAGUUAGCUGAGAUGGAGACGUUCCGAGACAUCCUGUGCCGUCAGAUUGAUACCAUGCAGAACUUCUUUGACACCUGUGCAGAAGCCAUCCCAAGAAAUCUGCUAGAGGAAGCAUAUGGAGAUUAUUCUGGUGAUGAUGAUGAGAAUGACCCUGUGACCCCUCGAGCGAAUCAUCAUCAUCAUCAUUAUCCACCAGUACACACUGAGAAUGGACCAACUACUCCUAAGGAUAAAGCGGACAAGUCAUCGUUUGCACCUCAGUACAUGGGUAUAGACUUCAGGGGAGAGGCAGUCACGUUCAAGGCGACGACUCAAGGUGUCUUGACGACACUCUCACAUUGUAUCGACCUCAUGAAGCAGAGGGAAGAGCAGUGGCAGAAACGAUUAGAUAAGGAACAAGACAGGAGAAAGCGAGCUGUAGAGGCCUACAAGCUAGUCGUUCAAGAACGCAAGAUCCAAGCCAGGAUAGGGGGUCCUGACUAUGAGGAAGGACCUCACAGUAUCAUGAAAGAAGAGGAAUUCUUUGAUGCCAUCGAAGCUGCCUUAGAUAUCCACGACGAACAGGAUUCAGAAAGAAAUACAGUCAGAGACAAUCCUGAUACAUUGUAUGCCAGGACGAUAUGUGCAGACACGCCUCCAGCUGAACACAAGCUAUCACAACAGUGCAAUGAGAAAGUAGAAGAGAACAUAAAGUAUGCGUUCUCAAAGAUUGAGAGUACUUGGGACCUGAUACAUGUAGAGGGCGAGAUGAAGGUGUAUAAGAGUGAGCAGGAGAUAGAUGGAGUGGUAUGCGACCCUCUGAAAGCUACCCAUACCAUCAGGAACGUGACCAGUCAAGAAAUGUGUUUCACCUUCUGGGAUGUCAAUGUCAGAAUGGAAUGGGACACUACAUUAGACAUAACCAACACACUGGAGGUACUGUCCCAGGAUACAGUCAUCUCUCACCAGCUGAUGAAGAGGGUGUGGCCAGCGACCCAGCGCGACACCUGCUUCGUCUCCCACCUCCGCAAACUAGACCUCAGCAUCCAAAACACACAAGAUGUCGGCUCCUGGCUCGUCAUCAACUUCUCCACAGAACAUCCCAAAGCGACAAGCAAAUGCAUACGAGCCAAGGUCAACGUUAGCAUGCUAUGUCAGACGUUCCUCGACCCACCUGAUAUACCUAUAGAGAAAGCAACCAGAGAGAACCUGGUCUGUAAGAUCUUCUAUGUUGCUCAUGCCAAUCCAGGUGGAUGGGUUCCAGGAUCUGUUCUCAGGACAGUCUACAAAAGAGAGUAUCCCAAGUUCCUUAGAAAGUUUUCCACCUAUGUGCAUGAGAAGUGCAAAGACAAACCCAUCAAAUGGUAACAUGAGCCGUCAGAGAGAGAAAGAUUAGCCAAUCAAAUGGGUACAUGAGCCAUCAGAGAGAACAUUAGCCAAUCAAAUGGUAACAUGAACCGUCAUAGAGAGAGAUCAGCCAAUCAAAUGGUAAUAAGAGCCGUCAGAAAGAGAGAUCAGCAAAUCAUAUGGUAAUAUGAGCCAUCAGAGAGAGAGAUUAGCCAGUCAAAUGGGGACAUGAGCCAUCAGAAACGAAGAUAGUCAAUCACAUAGUAACAUGAGCCAUCAGAGAGAGGGAUCGGCCAAUCAAAUGGGGACAUGAGCCAUCAGAGAGAGAGAGAUCAGCCAAUCAAACGGGGACAUGAGCCAUCAGAUAGAGAGAUGAGUCAAUCACAUGGUAACAUGAGUCUUCAUAGAGAGAGAUCAGCCAAUCACGAGGGGACAUGAGUCAACAGAGCGAGAGAGAUCGGUCAAUCAAAUGGGGACAUGAGCCAUCAGAGAGAGAGAGAUCAGCCAAUCAAAUGGGGACAUGAGCCAUCAGAGAGAGAGAUCAGCCAAUCAAAUGGGGACAUAAGCCAUCAGAGAGAGAGAUCAGCCAAUCAAAUGGGGACAUGAGCCAUCAGAUAGAGAAAUCAGCCAAUCAAAUGGGAACAUGAGCCAUCAGAGAGAGAGAUCAGCCAAUCAAAUGGGGAGAUGAGCCAUCACAUAGAGAGAUCAGCCAAUCAAAUGGGGACAUGAGCCAUCAGAGAGAGAGAGAUCAGCCAAUCAAAUGGGGACAUGAGCCAUCAGAAAGAGAGAUCAGCCAAUCAAAUGGGGCCAUGAGCCAUCAAAGAGAGAUAUCAGCCAAUCAAAUGGGGACAUGGGCCAUCAAAGAGAGAUAUCAGCCAAUCAAAUGGGGACAUGAGUCAUCAGAGAGAGAUAUCAGCCGAUCAAAUGGGGACAUGAGCCAUCAAAAAGAGAGAUCAGCCAAUCAAAUGGGGACAUGAGCCAUCAAAGAGAGAUAUCAGCCAAUCAAAUGGGGACAUGAGCCAUCAGAGAGAGAGAUCAGCCAAUCAAAUGGGGACAUAAGCCAUCAGAGAGAGAGAGAGAUCAGCCAAUCAAAUGGGGACAUGAGCCAUCAGAGAGAGAGAUCAGCCAAUCAAAUGGGGACAUGAGCCAUCAAAAAGAGAGAUCAGCCAAUGAAAUGGGGACAUGAGCCAUCAGAGAGAGAGAGAGAGAGAGAGAUCAGCCAAUCACAUGGUAACAUGAGCUAUCAGAGAGAGGGAUCAGCCAAUCAAAUGGGGACAUGAGCCUUCAGAGAGAGACAGAGAGAGAGAGAGAUCAGACAAUAAUAUGGUAACCAAUGAGUAAAGCCUCGUCUGCCUUAAAGACCAAUCAUUUCUAAAACUUUUUUGUAAGAGGAGAAGAAAGGGCGACGAAUAAAACCCUCUUUAGCCUAUCAAAGACCAACUCUUACUAUCCUUUCAAAGGGAAAGAUAAAAACCUACGUCAUUGCCCGUCAUUGUCUUAGAUAUGACAAUAUUGAUAGAAAAUGAUAUUAAUGGUGUAGAAAUGUAUAGUUCUUAGUUCCAGGUUAAUCUAAAUAAACUUUUUUCUUGGUACCAGGCUAGAGCUAGGCUGAUAUACAUGUACGAGAACAUCAAACCUUCAAGGCAUUUUUUCCAACCAGGUAGCCAUCUGCUACACCUGGGUAGAACGUGGCAGAUGUAGGUAAAUGACUUGCCAACGGACACAGAGCUGCCCCUUGUAUUCUACCGGGGACCACUUGAUAAUGUAAUCAGGUGAUCUCAAGACCACAUUUACACCAGCAGGAAGAAAGUAUCUAUGAAGCAUCUUGUUUGUAGUUUCGUAAGUGUCUUAUGAGCCCUAGAUAUUAGAAAGUCUAAUUACGGCUAUAAAGCAAGUUUCCGCUCAAUUAGUUAUGAUAUUAGUCAUAAAAAUAAUAAACAGCACCCUUAUGAAACAAAGUGGCCGUCGAGACCUUAUUCUUCAUCUUCCUUAGUUCUUAAAAUAGAGGCACGUCAAGUGCAUAGUCUGCAUUUCUAUUUUUUGAGUUUAAUGAUCACAGUAAGAGGAUAUAGACCCACUAACCUCCAAUAUCGACUCCCAUGAUAAAAAUGAUAACUUGUUGUUUUGUAACGUAAAUAUCCUUGCUUAGAGCAUUCACUCUGCUCGUGAUGCAAGCGAUACCAAAACAAGCCCUAUUGUCCGAUGUCACGUCUUUGCAAUUCUCUCCCCGCUACCUUUCGAACCAUCACAGAAUUAACUUUCUUUAAAUCACAACUGAAAUCUUACUUGUUCAAAAAUGCUUUCUGAUGUAAUUUAAACUGCGUUAUGUAUUUCAUCAAAAUGUUGUUAACAUUAACGUUCUUUGUCAUAAUUUUGCUUUCAUUUCUCCGUAAUUGAUGUUUAUAAUGAUUGAUUAUGAUUAAUCUUGUCCUUGUUUUGUAAAGCACAUUUAUAUUUUCUCUGGAGAUGAAAUGCACUAUAGAAGCCUAGGUUAUUAUUAUUAUUAUGAUUAUUAUCAUUUUAAACUUCUUUUUGUGUUUGGCGGGGGGAGGGGGAAUUACAUGCUUUGUCGUAUUAUUACUCCGAUUUAAAAAAAAAGAGGUAAAAUUUGGAGGAUGAAGAGAUUUAUUUGUCUUUGCAAUAACGAUUAGACUCCAGCCAAUGUUUGAGAUGUAGGUGUGAAGCAAACAUACCGCUCAAGGGCAAUCACAGGGAAAUCACAAAAGAAACUGCCAAUAUUUUAAUAAGGUUGACGUUCAAACACAAAUCAUAGAAGUUAUCACAAGUUUGUCUCCUACUUCUUCUCCCGUCCUGUUCAGCAAAUGCAAUCUUAUCUUUUCAAGUAGGGAAGAUCAUAUCUUGUAAUGCUUGGUGUACAAGCUUAUACAUUCUUUUAAUAUUUCAUUAUCAAAAAGCACAUAUCAUUAUUUUGUCACAUGC